UUCAACUUCCUCCGUCAAGUCAACAUCAGCAGUACAGUAACAAGUGCAUGGUUCGAUAACGAUGACUCGAUUACUCCGAAGUCUGGAUGCUUUAGGCAAGGCUUCCUCGGCACCACGAAACUUUCGCGACAUGUGCCGCGCUCUUGAUUCAGACUACGAUGCUUUGCUGAACAAGUACGAGGCUGUCAAGAAUGAUCUCCAGGCCCUUUACGAAAAUCCACUCAGCACCGUUUCCGUUCCAACACCAUCAGUCUCUGAUUACGCAAGGAACGAACGAAAGAUUGUCGAGUUUUGUUUGGCACGGCUUUUAGAGCUUCAGCAUUCCGGUAUUCGUCACACCCCUGCAGUCCAAAUCAUCCUCGACGAGGUUGAGCAGGUCAUAUGGGACAACAAUGUCUUUCAUUCGACAGUUCCAUACCCUCACCAAGCCGCCGAAGUCUACAGCUAUACACUCGCUGAAUGGCGGGAUUGGGCUUUCGACGUCGCCAAUCAAACCUGGAAAUAUUUUUGUGUCUUUUGGAGUUGUACUGGUCUGUUUGCAACCUUGGCGGUCUGCUACCUUCGAAGCCAAUACCAUAAGCGAUUCGUCCUCCGUUGGAUGUGCAAUGUAUUGGGGUUCUUACUUCUCACAUGGGCACUACUGUACAUCAUCUUCCUUGUGUUUGGUUUGAUGAUCGGUGAUGCUUUUGGCAGACUGCGAUCUUUCUAUUCUCCUCUAGGCUCUACACCAAAGACAACAGUGCAUUUUGCAUCUACACCAAUUCACGAAGGCGUCUAUCGAGCGGCUCAAAACACGAUCUACAUGACGGAUCUAGCAGGGAAUUUCUCCAUCAUCCCAAACCUCAUGCAGCACUCGCGGAACAACAUACUAAGUGCUGCUGAUAUCAUUGCUGGAUCGAAACUAGAAUACAAAAACGUCCUAGCCGCAGAGUACUCCAAGCUUGUCGUGAACAUGGAAGAUUUGACUGAAGUAACCCGAAAAUGGCACAUCCAGGUGGAUGCUCUUGCCACUCAAUUUGAAAAACUGCUGUCCAGCGCUAUCAUGCAGAUGAGUGCGAUCAACCGUCCCGUGGAUUUCAGCGAUUCAAUCCACGUCACCUUAUCGCUUGCCUGCGGCGUGCAAUGGCUCAAUAAUCCGAGAUUGCACAAUAUACAUCGGGGCAACUGCAUGAUGUGUGGAGCCCUUGUUGCCACGACUGUGGUCUCCUCUACAUGUCUCCACACGUCCUUCAGCCAUGUCCCAGCUGCGUACUGCUCCUCGUGGCUAAAGCACGUCCCAGGCCUGCAGCCGUACCUGGGUGAGAUUGCAGACGAGAGGGUGAAAUCAGUGCGAAAGCUUCGGAGGUUUCUGGAAAGUCUGGACGUGGACAUGAGAGAAUUGCUCACAGGUACGGACCGGGGCAAGGCUCUCUGUGAAAUGACGGAACAGAACUUCCACCUUAUCCGAGAGAUCAACAACAGGAACGACAACAGUAUCAAGGAGCAACUACAUCUCGUGGAGCUGAGAAAGUGGCAAUUGAAAGCUUGGUUAAGUUGGUUUGGGAUCUUUCCAGAGCAGGGCGAGACACGCGCGGAGCUGCAUGUGAUGCACUACAACCUCAACCAGACGAUAAGCCUCCACAGCGUUGCCUUUGAACUGUUCUCCCGGGCCAGAGACGUGCUAUACACCUGGAAAGCCGAUAUGGAAGGAGUUUUGAGUAGCUUACAGAGAUUCGAGCAGCUUGCUGGCGAGGGUUGGCGGGGGGCCUGGGAGCAGUGGCCAGAUUGGGAUGAAUUGAAAAGGGAUGUCGAGGGACUACAGCCUCUGGUAGCAGCUCUGGGAAGAGCUAAUGCGCAGUUAGAGUCCAAGACGAAAGAUAGCGAGGAGCGGUUCCGGAGGGCUAGAGAAGAAUGCUUCGAUGAGGCAAGAAAACCUCGUGAGGAGAAUCCCACGUUCAACUGGGAGGCGUGCUAUGAUAUCAAGAAGUUACUAUUGAUGUGAGAGGAUGGUGGAAACUUUUGCGACUUGUCAAAUGAGAGCACGUACGAUUUAAAGAGCGUUGGGUACAGAUGGAUGUAGUUGAGAUGAUCAUUUGUUUUUUUGUGCUUCCUAGCCUCAGUUAUUA